AUUUUCAAAUCCCCGGAUGACGGCGGCGGCGGGUCCCCGCUGACAGGCGCUUUCUGCCUGGCACAGGCCGGCGGGCACCGUGCCCGCCCCUGCCGGUCUCCCGGGCACUCGGCCACCGCCCCACCCCCUCCUCCGUGCCAUGGAGCCCGAGCUGGCGGCUCAGAAGCAGCCCCGGCCGCGGAGGCGAAGCCGCCGACUCUCUGGGCUGAGCGCGGAGGGCGCCGCGGGGCCUUCGGCCGACACGCCCGGGCCGGGGCCGGAGGAGAGAUACUCCCUUCGGAGAGGUAGCUCCUUCACAUUUUUAACACCUGGCCCCCAUUGGGACUUCACUUUGAAAAGAAAACGAAGAGAGAAAGAUGAUGAUGUUGUAAGCCUCAGCAGCCUUGAUCUGAAGGAGCCUAGCAAUAAAAGAGUUCGACCUCUAGCUCGGGUCACGUCCUUGGCAAACUUAAUCUCUCCUGUAAGAAAUGGAGCAGUCAGACGUUUUGGUCAAACAAUACAGUCAUUUACCCUCCGUGGUGACCACAGAUCCCCAGCCUCUGCCCAGAAGGCAUUUAGCAGAUCCACAGUGCCGACACCUGCCAAGAGAAGAAGCAGCGUGCUGUGGUCAGAGAUGCUGGACGUCAGCACGAAGGAGUCUUUGACCACCCGGGAAAUCAAACGUCAGGAGGCAAUAUAUGAAAUGUCCCGAGGUGAACAGGAUUUAAUUGAAGAUCUCAAGCUUGCAAGAAAGGCCUACCAUGACCCCAUGUUAAAGUUGUCCAUCAUGUCGGAAGAAGAACUCACACACAUAUUUGGUGAUUUGGACUCUUACAUACCUCUGCAUGAAGAUUUGUUGGCAAGAAUAGGAGAAGCAACGAAGCCUGACGGGACAGUGGAGCAGAUUGGUCACAUUCUGGUAAACUGGUUACCAGGCUUGAACGCCUACAAAGGCUACUGCAGCAACCAGCUGGCAGCCAAAGCUCUGCUUGACCAAAAGAAACAGGAUCCAAGAGUCCAGGACUUCCUCCAGCGAUGCCUUGAGUCUCCCUUCAGUCGAAAACUAGAUCUUUGGAGCUUCCUAGACAUUCCUCGAAGCCGCCUAGUCAAGUAUCCUUUACUGUUGAAAGAAAUUCUCAGACACACUCCCCAAGACCACCCUGAUGUCCAGCUUCUGGAGGAUGCUGUGUUGAUAAUACAAGGAGUUCUCUCUGACAUCAACGUGAAGAAAGGGGAAUCCGAGUGCCAGUAUUACAUCGACAAGCUGGAGUAUCUGGAUGAGAAGCAGAAGGACCCGAGGAUCGAAGCGAGCAAAGUCCUGCUGUGCCACGGGGAGCUGAAGAACAAACACGGCCACAAACUUUACAUUUUCCUGUUUCAAGACAUCUUGGUUCUGACCCGGCCUGUCACGCGGAACGAGCGGCACUCGUACCAGGUGUACCGGCAGCCGAUCCCGGUCCAAGAGCUGGUCGUGGAAGACCUGCAGGAUGGAGAUGUGCGGAUGGGAGGGUCCUUCCGGGGGGCUUUCAGCAGCUCAGAUAAAGCUAAAAAUAUCUUUAGAGUUCGCUUCCAAGACCCCUCUCCAGGCCAGUCUCACACUCUGCAAGCCAAUGACGUGUUCCACAAGCAGCAGUGGUUCAACUGUAUUCGAGCCGCCAUGGCGCCUUUCCAGCCCGCGGCCAGCCCGCCGGAGCUGCAGGGCCUGCCCGAGCUCCACGAAGAGUGCGAGGAGAACAGCCCUCCGGCCGGGAACCUCCAAGCCCAGAGGAGGGUAUCCGCGGUGUCGGGCGUGACUCGGGCGGAGGUCGGUGAGAAUGCUUCCGAGUGUGGCUCCGGCGUGCAGCCGGCAGAAGACGCCGGGAGCCUGAAGGCGCCCCAAACGCGGCCCAGCUUCCGGAGAGCGCGGGACAGAGCCCAGUCGAGUGGCAAACGGAAAGAGACGCUCGUGUAGAGGGAGCUGUGUGUGGCCGGCACAGGGACUGUUUAUUUAUAAAUGUGUACAGUUUUGUUUCUCUCCUAGUGUGAGCAUGGGAGCACCCGUGGGGCUGCUCUGUACCGGUUGUAAUAUUUCCAUUGUUCUGGGUCUUUCUCUUUUCUCUUUUUAAUGGCAGCUAAAGAUAUACAGAUUGUUAAAUUGCAGUCUUUUUUUUUUUUAAGAUGUUUUCUCAGAUUUUUUAGAACAUGCAAGGCUAGUAUUUUUAAUCAGAUGAAAUAUUUAUGAAAUGGAUUUUUUCCUAAUUCUGGAUUCAUGAUGACUCCAUUACCAACCAACUGUGUUAUUUACAGUAUUCGCCAAAACUUAGAAUUUUGCAAAUACUGGAAUUCUACCAGUGUUUUGUUGAUAAACCUUGCGUGCAAAAUUGCAAAAUUUGAAAUUUUAACAUUUGGAGUAUUUCAAAAUUUACAUUGAAACAUAACUUACUUGGAAAACAAACCAUAAAACUUAAUAGGUUUUUCAUUUUAUCAACUGGAAUGCUUUAUAUUAGUUUUUCACUGCACAUUCCUCAUUUUUCAUUCAUAACCUGCCAAUUAUUUAAUUUUUUUAUUGUAAAGUAGUUUUUAGUAUUUGCUUUUAUUUUUUUUACUUUGAUGCCAUUUCAAACUGGCAUGUCUUUAUUUUUCUUCCUGAUUAAAAAUGUGUGUGUAUGUGUGUGUGUGUAUAUAUAUAUAUAUAUUUUUUUUUAAAUCAUAUGAACUUUACCAAGUGAAACCAAGCCAUACUGUGUUUGAGCCAAUUAAGAAGAUUGCAGUUUUUAAAGGAUAAGAUUGCAGGGUGGUGAAGACACAUGAAAUGGCCCAGCAUAUCCAAGACUACUGGAAGAAAGCCACUUCACGGAUUUCAUUGAAAGUUUCAGUGUUUGAAAAGCAAGAGGGAAGGUGAUUGGUAGUAAGUAAAAAAAAAAAAAAAAGGAAAAAGAGAGUAGUUCUGUCUUAAAGUGUCUGGUUGUGCCAGAGUGCAAAAGGGGGAGAGGCUCUACUUGAGGGUGUGUAGGAAGUUGUCGAAGGCUCGAGGGGACGUGAACCGUUUGCCUAGGUUUGCAAAACCUGCGAACGAUGAGCUGGAAACAAAUGUGUGGAAAAUAGGACCAUGUGAGAUCAAUUUUGGUGGAUUUGUUCAUAAGAUGGAGAAAAGACUGAGUCUUUUACCGUAAGAUGUUCUGUUAAAAUGGGAUCAUAACCUCUAAAGCAGGGGCGCGACGGCCCCGUGUCGGGGCAGAUGUGCGUUGCGACCGGCCAGGUGAGUGGCAGCCCGCAUGUGAAAUACGUUUGGCCGAUGGAAAUGAAAAUUGGGAAAGACUGUAAAUAGUUUGAUCUAAAUGAUUUCUCUGUACAAAUGAAUGGAUAUAAUUAAAAAAAGCACACACAUGA